UUGAACUUUUCUGACAGGCAUAUUUGUGGGGGUUCGACAUACGUAACUGGCUGAAGUACUUAAACUCAUUGACAUGGCCUGAAAUCCUCCGGCAAUUUGCACUCUCUGCUGGAUUUGGUCCUCAAUUUAAAAAGAAGACUCUUGAAAGAGGUUGCAUGAAUGAUAAUGAUGAGAUUAAAGGCUGUGAAGACACUGUGUCCACUCUGCGAAAUGGUGCAGCAGCUGAGAAUGCAGUUGCAAUUAUGCAAGAAAAAGGACUUGGCCUUCAGCGCAGAUCAAGACACCGGUUGACACCGGGUACCGUGAAAUUUGCUGCUUAUCAUGUUCUUGCUCUUGAAGGAAGCAAGGGCUUAAAUGUUAUAGAGCUCGCGGACAAGAUUCAGAAGUCUGGGCUGCGUGAUCUCUCAACAAGCAAGACACCAGAGGCUUCUAUUUCUGUUGCAUUGUCAAGGGAUCCCAUACUGUUUGAAAGAAUAGCUCCUUCGACAUAUUGUGUUCGGCCGGCUUUUAGAAAGGAUCCUGCAGAUGCUGAAUCAAUACUUGCUGCAGCCAGGGAGAAGAUACAGAGAUAUGCUAAUGGUUUUUUAGCUGGUCAAAAUGUUGAUGAGGAAGAAAGAGAUGAUGAUUCAGACAGUGAUGUUGCUGAGGGUGCAGAAGGUGAUGGUUUAGCUACUCCGUUUGACGCAGACAAGAACAACGAAUGCAAUGAAGUUGUCUCCAUCUCAGGGAGUGGAAAAGAUAAUCACCCAGAUGCUGCUGCUCUGCGAAAUGGAAUUGGUAGUGUUUGCAAUGGAGUUGAUGAUCCUGACCAAGUAGGCAUGGAGAUUGAUGAAAGCAGAUCAGGUCAGUCCUGGGUUCUAGGACUGACUGAAGGCGAAUAUUCUAAUCUCUCUGUUGAAGAACGUCUCAAUGCCCUUGUUUCCUUAAUUGGUAUUGCGAAUGAAGGGAAUUCUAUCCGAGUGAUUCUUGAGGAGCGGCUGGAUGCGGCAAAUGCUCUUAAAAAGCAAAUGUGGGCUGAAGCACAACUAGAUAAAAGGCGCAUGAGAGAAGAGAUUGUAGUUAAGUUCUAUGAUUCUUCUUUUACUCCUGCAGUUAAUGGGGAUCAAAGUCCAUUGGCUACUGUG